CUUGCUGCUUAGUACUGCCCCGCUUCGACUCCGGGAUACUCGCAUACCCCCUCUUGUAUAUAUUUUGACUGUAUCAUUAUUCACUUGGCCGCGCCAUGUCGGAAUCCGGGGACAAUACCGGCGGGGACACUGAUAUCCUGAGCCGCAAGGCUGAUGAGCGCCCAUCGCCCGAAGACGGCAAGGAUAGCAAUGACAAGGUCGAUGUCACGGCCCAGGUAGCCUCAUUGCGCACCUCGGAAACUGGGGAGCCACAAGAGUACAGGUUGUACAAGCAGCGAUUCGUCGGUCUCGCCGCUAUCUUCUUGCUGAAUGUCAUCAGCGGGAUGAAUUGGCCAUGGUUUGGCCCUAUCGCGAAUAACACCGCAAGGGACUAUAAUAUUUCAUUGGACCAGGUUAACUGGCUAGGGAACACCUUCUCCAUCAUUUAUUUACCGACAGCCGUAUCCAUCCCACCGCUAAUCGCGCGCUUCGGUCUUCGGACAACAUGUAUUAUUGGAGCCAUUUGUCUCAUCUUGGCUUCUUGGAUCCGCUAUUCCUCCACUGCCCACUCUCUAUCACCUAACUCGGCAUACGCACUCCUUAUCAUCGGCCAGAUAUUCGCUGCAUUCGCGCAGCCGGUUUUCCAAGUUAUCGGACCCAAGUAUUCUGAGACUUGGUUCGAUCUGCGGGGUCGGACCACUGCCACGAUGAUUAUUGCGAUCGCAAAUCCAAUCGGUGGCGCUCUUGGGCAGCUUAUAUCACCGAUAGCAGGGGAUACACGACAGUCGAUCCUGGUUCUUGGAAUCAUUUCUACAAUCGUUACACCCGCCGUUCUCGUCGUCGGCAGUGCGCCACCUACGCCUCCAACUUAUAUUGCGUCGCAGCACUCCCCCUCGCUUAAGUCCCUCCUGCGUGCCAUGGCUGGCAAGCAGGACAGGAGCACGCCAGCGUACAUGACAAUUCGCGAGCGGAUGGAUUUCGCCAUCAUGAUACUGAUAUUCGGCGUUCUUGUCUCCGCCACAAAUACAUUCUCCAUAUUGAGUGACCAGUACAUGAGCCCAGUCGGCUACUCUUCCGACAUCUCCGGCCUCAUGGGUGCAACCCUCCUCCUCUCGGGCAUAGUAGCCGCCAUAGUCACAGCACCGCUCUUCGAUCGGGUGCUCACGCACCACCUUGGCCCGACCGUCCGCAUCCUGUGUCCUAUCCUCGCCGCCGCAUGGCUUUCGUUAAUCUGGGCAGUUAAACCGCAUAAUACAGGCGGGUUAUUCGCGAUCAUGGCCAUUCUUGGGACGACGUCUAUCACGAUGCUCCCGGUGGCGCUCGAGUUGGGAUGCGAGUUGACGCGGAAUGCCGAUGGCAGCUCCGCCUUACUUUGGGCCUCAGGCAAUAUGUUCUCAAUAAUAUUUAUUCUGGUUGAAGGAGCACUGAGAGCAGGGCCGGACGCGAAUCCGCCCCUCAACAUGCGGAGAGCACUGAUAUUCAACGCCGCCUUUGUAUGGGGUGCUGUUGUAUUUGUAGUAUUGUUCCGAGGCAAGCAAGCACGGAGGGCAAUGGACGAACAUCGACGAAAUAUUCACGACUCGCCACGGCAAGAGGACGCAUGAUACCCUGAUAUGGACUUGUAAUUUAACUGUAAAGCUAGAUUUGUUG